UAUAAUUUCAGCAGAUCUUGAAGCUAAACAACAUUCAAAAUGACUAGAACACAUGGUUAUCGCCGCGGAACUCGCGACAUGUUCUCGCGCCAGUUCAGAAAACACGGAACAAUUCCGUUGUCGACUUACAUGCGUGUCUACAAAAUUGGCGACUACGUUGAUGUUAAGGGUAAUGGUGCAGUCCACAAAGGUAUGCCAUUCAAAGCUUAUCACGGUAAAACAGGCCGUGUUUACAAUGUCACGAAACACGCAUUGGGAGUGAUUGUGAACAAAAGAGUGCGAGGAAAGAUCCUUCCCAAGCGUAUCAAUGUCCGUCUCGAACACAUCAAGCCCUCGAAGUGUCGCGAUGAAUUUUUGGCUCGCGUCAAAACAAAUGAUGAGAAACGUCGUGAAGCUCUUGCUCAAGGCAAACGCAUCAUCCUUAAGCGCAAACCUGAGGCACCAUUACCUGCUCGCGUCAUCGUGAGUCCACCAGAACCAGUUUUCCUCGCACCAAUUCCAUAUGAAUUUGUCGCAUAAAUUCUUUUCUGGUUUUUCUAUUUAAAGAAAUGAAAGAAAUAAAGAUCAGAUGAUUUCUUUGAACUAAAUGGUUGGCAA